AUGGCAGCUCUCAAAAGCAUUGUCGUUCUCUAUUUGUGUGCCGCUUUAGCCCUGAGUAUCUUCCCGGAAUCCUCUGCCAAAUGGCCUGGUCUUGAUCCCACCAACUGGCAUGUGCACGUCGUUAACGGUUUCGGUGGACAAAGAGCAUUGGUUGUCCAUUGUUGGUCCGACCUCGACGAUCUUGGCAUCCAUACUCUUUAUGUUGGUGGUGACUUCAACUGGCAUUUCCAUGUCAACUUGCCCGGAACAACGCGUUUUACUUGCGACUUCCAUGCAGACAAACAACAUGCUUUGUUUGAUGUGUUUUGGAAGGAGAGUAAACAUAUGUGGCUUCGGACCAGAUGUGACUGGAAAGCGUGCUUUUGGAUUGCUAAAGACGAUGGGAUUUACCUCAAGAACAUUCCGGCGAGUCGUGACGAGCUUGUUCAUCCAUGGGAAACAUGA